AUGAGCGGACGAGGAGGAUUCUCUAGGGGCGGUGGUGGUGGUGGAUUCAGCAGGGGCGGUGGUGGUGGUCGAGGCGGUGGCCGAGGUGGUGGUCGAGGCGGUUUCCAACAGAGGGACUUCGGACCUCCCGACACUGUCCUUGAGAUCGGUUCUUUCCAACACGACGUCGAGUCCGAGAUGCUCUGCUCCCUCGUGACCCCCACAAAAAUCCCCUACUUCAACGCCCCCAUUUACCUCCAAAACAAGACGCAAAUCGGCAAAGUCGACGAGAUCCUCGGUCCCAUCAACGAAGUCUACUUUACCGUCAAGAUGGACGCUGGUAUGCUCGCGAGCAGCUUCAAGAAGGAGGACAAGGUGUACAUCUCUGGAGAAAAGUUGCUGCCGAUAGAGAGGUUCUUGCCAAAGCCCAAGGUGGCUGGAGGAAAGGUCGCGAAGCGAGGCGGUGCGGCUGGCCGAGGUGCUCCCCGUGGUCGAGGUGGACCCCCAGGACGAGGUGGCCGAGGCGGUUUCUCCUCUCGAGGUGGUGGUGGUGGCUUCAGCGGUGGCCGUGGCGGCGGUAGGGGCGGUGGAUUCAGCGGUGGACGAGGUGGUGGUGCCCCCAGGGGUCGUGGUGGCUUUAGCAGGGGAAGGGGGCAAUGA